AUGCCGAGCACAAGCUCUCCGGGUCUCGGAACCAGCUCUUACCGCCGAAGUACACUCCCACUCUCCCUCAUUCGGCACGGCGGCGGCCUCGUCGGGUGUGGCAUGCUCUUUGGCUUCCUCGUCCCUUUGGUUCCCUACCCACGCCUGGGUCUUACAGCACACAUUCAGUUUGGCGUUCAGGGCUGCAUGGUGCUCGUCGCAGGCUUGGUACUCCAGUCUGAUCCUCUGGGGAGUUCCCGCAGCCAAGAUGCGGAGACGGAGACUUCUGGACAAAGAUGCCAAUUGGCCGACAGACUGAGCUGGUGGCAAGAGCAAGCAAUAUACUGGGGCUGCACAACGAUCUGGGCCACGAUGAUUGCUGAAGUAGGAAAUGCCUGGUGGGGAACCAGAGGGACGUUGCCGAUUGCACACCAGGCCGCGGGCUUACUUGGUGGUCCUGAGGCUGCAAGGUGGAUGGAGAUGUUUAUGGCUGCUACGCAUUUCCCACUUGCUCUCCCAUUGGCCUCGGUGUGGCCCAUCAUUUUAUCGAAGCUAUGGUGA